GCCAGCUCCGCCCAUCACUGUCUGCUUGUCCUUCUGUCUGCUGCGAGCCACUGUCGUCCUUGAGCCAUGAGAUACCGAUCCACCCGCGACGUCGAUUCCGCCCAGAAGCUCACCUUUGAGCAAGCCCUCUUCGAAGGCCUCGCCCCCGAUGGCGGCCUGUACAUCCCCGAGGCCAUCCCGCAAGUGCCCCUGUCCAAGAUCCUGUCGUGGGCCAACCUGUCGUACUCGGAGCUGGCGCUCGAGAUCUUCCGCCUCUACAUCGACGAGAGCGAGAUCUCUGUCAGCGACCUGGCCGACAUCGUCGAGCGCUCGUAUGCCACCUUCACCCACAAGGACAUCACCCCGCUGGUGAAGCUCCCGAACGUGGCCUCGGAGGAGGAGAAUGCCCGCUCGCACCACAACCUCGAAAACCUCUAUGUCCUUGAGCUCUUCCACGGCCCCACCUGCGCCUUCAAGGAUGUUGCCCUGCAGUUUGUCGGCAACGCCUUCGAGUACUUUUUGAAGCGCCGCAACCAGAACAAGGCCAGUCCCAGCGACCGCGACCAUCGCAUCACCGUCGUGGGAGCGACGUCGGGCGAUACUGGCGGCGCGGCCAUCUACGGCCUCCGCGGCAAGGAGAAUGUCUCGGUGUUCAUUCUGCACCCCAAGGGCCGCAUCUCGCCAGUCCAGGAGCAGCAAAUGACCAGCGUGUUGGACGACAAUGUCUUCAACAUUGCUGUCGAAGGCUCCUUUGACGACUGCCAAGACAUUGUCAAGGCGCUGUUCUCGGACCUGGACUUCAAGAAGCGCUUCCAGCUUGGCGCCGUCAACUCGAUCAACUGGGCACGCAUCAUGGCCCAGAUCACGUACUACUUUUACUCGUACUUUGCGCUGCUGAAGGCCAAGGGCGUGCCCCUGGACACGGCCUCGUAUGCGGUCCUGACCAAGAUUCGCUUCUCGGUGCCCACGGGCAACUUUGGCGACAUCCUCGCGGGCUACUUUGCUCUGCGCAUGGGUCUGCCCAUCGACCGGCUCAUUAUCGCGACAAACGAGAACGACAUUCUCCACCGAUUCCUCGAGACCGGCAGCUACACCAAACCCACGACGACGUGCCCGGUCUCAGGCGACCUUGUGCGCGCGACGCUUUCGCCGGCGAUGGACAUUCUCAUCAGCUCCAACUUUGAGCGGCUGCUGUGGUACCUGGCCAACGGCGACGGCCGCACCCCGGCCGAGUCGCCCGAUGCCCAGGCCGCCAGCGAGGCGAUUCGCGAAUGGAUGUCGACCCUGAAGAGCACCGGCGGCUUCUCUGUGCCCGAGACGGUCCUCGAGCGCGCUCGCCAGGUCUUUGACUCGGUCUGCGUGUCGAAUGCCGACACCACCGACGCCAUCAAGCGCUACUACCACCACCAAUACAGCCAAGCGCUGGACCAGGACCAGCUCAGCAACCCGACGCUGCCCGCUGGCGCACGCUCGUCGUACGUGCUGGAUCCCCACACAGCCGUCGGUGUCGUCGCUGCAGAGCGCAUCCUGCUGAGCGACGCCAGCAUUGGCUCGGCAGCGGCUGUCAACGUGGUUUGCCUCUCGACGGCCAGCCCCGGCAAGUUCCCCGAGGCGGUCUUGACGGCCAUCAACGAGUCUGUGCCGACCGAAUCGACCCAGCUCGGAUUCGUGCCUGUGGAGUACAGGGACAUUGCGCCCCAGGUUCUGGUCGAUCUCGAGGGCCUGCCCAAGCGAUGCAUCUUUGUUGAAACCGAGGGCGGCAACAAGGCCGUUGGCGAGAAGGCCAUUCGGCACAUCCUGGAGGAGAAGGUCGGCGCCGGAUUUGUCUGAGCAAAGAGCACGCAAUCACUCCUGCCCGACGACUGGGCAUGGAUGCAGAGACGACGAAACACGAACAGACUCUGCUUUCGUUUCUGUGGGAGUGUGGGGCUCGAUCUUUCCUGUGCCAAGGGUCACCCGGUGGAUCUGCGCGAUGCAGCCAAUACAUCGCACCUCUGCAAAUGAGGUGCGCUUGCUCGAUC